AUGAAAACUGCAUAUGACAUUAAUGGUACUAGCAAUGACGAUAAUGUGAUCAAGAAGUACAAAAAUAACAAUGGUGAUAAAAAAGAUGCUAUGUCUAGAGAAUCUAGCUCAGAUUGUAAAGCUAUAACUGAUAAUAGAGUU